AUGAAAAUAAUAAAUUCAACACAAGCAAUUUUGUCGGAUGCUUAUGGUUAUUAUCUUUGGACCAUGUCACUGGCAGACAAACGUAGCAAAGGAUGGCCAUUAGUUGAUUCACCCGUACCGACAUUGGUAUACACAUUAAUUUAUUUAUCGAUCGUUUGGGCAGGUCCUAAAAUAAUGAAAAAUAAAAAACCGUUAAAAUUAACAUGGCUGCUAAUGCCGUAUAAUUUAUUUAUGGCUUUAUUAAACGGUUACAUUGCUGUCGAAUUAUUUAUUGCGAGUACGAGAUUAAGAUACAGCUACGUGUGUCAACCCCUCACAUAUAUAAAUCAUACAGAAGAAUUGAGGAUUGCAAAUGCCGUUUGGUGGUAUUAUUUUUCUAAAUUAUUAGAAUUUUGCGACACGUUUUUUUUCAUUUUAAGAAAAAAAGAAAAACAGUUGACUUUUUUACACGUGUAUCAUCAUUCGACAAUGUUUUCACUAUGGUGGAUCGGUAUCAAAUGGGUACCCAGCGGUUCGACAUUUCUACCGGCCAUGGUCAACAGUUGCAUACACGUUCUAAUGUAUACUUAUUACGGUAUAUCAGCUUUGGGUCCUGGAGUAUCAAAAUUUUUAUGGUGGAAAAAAUAUUUAACCAUAUUGCAAUUGAUUCAGUUUACAACAGCAUUGAUUCUCGGGAUUAAUGGAAUCCGUUCGGGAUGUGAAUUUCCAUUAUGGAUGCAAUACGUAUUGGUUAUUUACAUGAUUUCAUUUAUUGUUCUUUUUGGAAACUUUUACGCUCAAGCAUACAUAGCUAAAGAAAGGGUGAGUUGA